UCCAACCUUUGAAUUUUCUCCACACAUUAAAACCCUCACUGUCUAUAUAAACCCUAUCACCAUUUUAGUGUCACACAGCAACCAUGGCGAUUGAUGAGUAUGAUUUCACAAAACCAGGAGCUAUCCCAUUUCAAUGGGAAAUACGCCCCGGCGUACCCAAAGUCCAACACCAAAAACAACCACCACCACCACCGUCACCGCCACCGCCACCACAAACUUGUGAUUACGAUCUUAGUCCUCUCAAACCGCCACCAGCCGGGUUCGUUUUCGUGCCUCUAGCGGAGCCACGGACCCGGUCGUUUCGUUUGGGUUCUGCAACCCGAUCGCGUUCAGAGCGGUGGCGGUUUGAGCAGCCCAAUAUGCUGGCCCGGCGACCCGAGAUUGUUUCGUCACCGGGGUGCUUCUUGUCUCCUCUGCUAAGGAGAAAGCUGAUGAGCGGGAAAAAGGGGAAGAGUGGUGGUGGUGCAAGAACGGUACCCGAACCCGACUGCAGUUCUGACCUUGAAACACUGGCCCGGUGGUCGCUUUCUUCCCGGAAAUCGCUGCUUUCGCCGUUCCGUGACUCACCGACGUCGAUGUCGUCGUACUCGUCCUACCAGUCGUCCCCGCGACCCGUAAGCGACGCAGAGUGGGCCGGGUUCGGACUCUUCUAGCAAGCUUGCAUGGCUUUGAAUCAAGUUUGAAUGGUCAAGAGGUUUUUACAGUCAUAUUCUGGUGUUGUAAUUCCAAAGCACUAAAGCAGCAUGGUUAAUAUUUGCUCGCUUGUAGUAAAAGCAUCUUUUCUUUUUACCUGUUUGCCUCUUCCAAUCCAUUAUGUAGUAUUAUAGUUAGUCAACUCACAAGAUUCAAGAUCUUGAAAUGUAGUUGUGGAAAAAGGGAAGCCACUGGGAAGGAUGAAGUAUCACUAUCGGACCUCCAUAAGUUGAAAAGGAAAUAAAGAUGAAGAUGCCUCACUC